ACAAAAAGUAUGUCAUUUUCAAUCAUGGGCAGUAGUUUUUCUAAGGCAGCUGCACUGGACUUUGGCAUACAGUGGGGGUGUUGGGUUGUGGCCGCUGCCCUCAAGACAGAGAAGUUCUAUGACUUGGCAGGUUCCAGUACAUUUUUCCUCCUGGCUUACCAGACAUUACAAUGGAGUAGAACGCAGCACCUGAGACAGAAGGUGCAGUCUGGAAUGGUGAUGACAUGGGCUGUCAGACUGGGCUUGUAUCUAUUCUCCCGAAUCCUCAAGGAUGGGUCAGAUAGCCGGUUCAACUAUGUGAGAGACCAGUCAGCCAAAUUCCUGUUGUACUGGACGAUACAAGGUGUUUGGGUGUACAUAACUCUCUUGCCCACCCUUAUCCUUAACGCUGAGAGAUCUGACCGUCCCCUGGGUAAACGCGACUAUCUGGGCUGGGCAAUCUGGACCCUGGGCUUCCUGAUAGAAACUGUAGCAGACUACCAGAAGUCCUGUUUUAAGGCCGACCCAGCAAAUAAGGGACAGUUCAUACAGAGUGGGCUGUGGAGCAUAAGCCGCCAUCCCAACUACUUUGGAGAGAUCCUCGUCUGGACUGGCUUAUACCUCAGCGCAUCCUCCGUGAUGAGCGGGCUACAGUAUGCAAGUGUUAUCUCCCCUUUGUUUGUGACCUUUCUCCUGACAAAGGUCAGCGGUAUUCCCUUACUGGAGAGAGCUGCUGAGAAACGCUGGGGACAUCAGCCUAUAUACCAGGACUAUGUGAGAAAGACAGCAGUGCUGGUGCCCUACAUCUGGUGA